AUGUUAAUUAAGGAGAAGGGCGAGUCACAAUCCCUAUUGCAUCGGGCUCGAGACGCCUCCAGGUUCAUUCGAUAUUUCAGAAGAGCAAUUGAAAGCAGCCCUCUACAAGUAUACUAUUCACCUCUCAUCUUCUGCCCAACAGAGAGCCUCAUGAGAAUAUAUCAUGCGCAGGAGAGACCAGACUGGGUUUUGAAUGAUCCAGUGAUUGAGAAAAGUUGGAGUGCAUGUCUUCAAACCGAGGGCCACGAAUGGGACUUAAUGUCCUGGUCGAAAGAUGGAAGCCGACUCGCAUCAGCGUCCGAUGAUAAGACAGUUAGGAUCAGGGAUCCGGUCACCGGCCAGAGCGUGCUAACACUCGAGGGGCACAGCGAGUGGAUCAACUCGAUUGCGUGGUCGCAGGAUGGAAGCCGACUUGCUUCAGCGUCUAGGGAUACCACAGGCAGGAUCUGGGAUGUGGUCACCGGUCAGAGCGUGUUAAUACUCAAGGGGCAUAGUGACCAGGUCACCUCAGUUGCCUGGUCACAAGAUGGAAGCCGACUCGCAUCGGCGUCCGACGAUGAGACAGUCAGGAUCUGGGAUCCGGUGACUGGCCAGUGUUCGUCAACCCUCCACAUCAGCUCCCCCGGUUUCCUUCAAUUCGAUCAAGUUAAUCUCAAUCAUUUGCACACGAAUAUUGGUACAUUCGAUAUAGGUUCAAUUGGUUAUGUCAAGUCUAUGCCUCAUGGCUCGAUUUCAUUGCCUGAGCAACAUAACAUGGAUAUGGCUUGA